AUGCCGCACCGCCUGCCCUCGGGGCACGCCGGGGGCUGGGAGCGAGGGGCACACCGUCCGCCGAGCGCCCCACCGCCCCGGCCCCUUGCCUCCGCAGAGCACCGGCCGGCCGUGCCCGGAGCCGGACUUCGCCGGGGGCCCGGGCUGCGCCUGCCCCUGGUCCGCCCCCGCCGGGGUUUCCAAGGAGACUUGGGCCGCCGUCUGCGCCGCGGAGCCGCCGCCGAGCCAGGGCCUGCGGGAGGCUCGGCCGCCGGAAUUCACAGAGCAAACACCCAGAUCAUCAAAUCCAAGCAGCUGUACCAUAGGGCAAUUGAUAUUAAGUUACAGAGUCAACACCUAUUCAUCAAUAUCUCUAUUCCACAGCUUCAAGAUACUUUGCUUCAGAAGGAAGAGGAACUUGCUAGGUUACAUGAAGAAAAUAAUAACCUCCGACAAUACCUGAAUUCUGCCCUGAUUAAGUGUUUAGAAGAAAAAGCCAAGAAACUGCUGUCCUGCCACGGCCAAAAAAACUGUGCUAUUUUCAAAAGCACCAAGAGGAGGUUAAAAGAGGACCAGUGCUUUGUUCCUCAAGAAACUCCUCAUGCUUCUAAAGCUAGAAGGAACCUCUUUAAUGAAUUCACUGCCUGUGAAGAGCAAGCCAGCCCUGCUGUGGACAGCUGGGUCUUGCAGACUUUAGGACUAAAAGAUGUCAACACCAUUGAUGAAACUUCAGCUAACUACAGUGCCCUGUCCUCAGACCUCGGAAAAGACACAUACUGCCUGAGCCCUGGUGAAGCAAUAGACUAUGACCACAGUGAAGGAGCAGCAGCAGUGUAUAGCUGCAGCCACACGCCUCCAGCUGACAGCAGUACCCAUCCAUGCAGUGAGGACUCUCCCUUCCUUCCUCACUUUUCUUCAGCACCAUGUGUUUCUUCAUCAGUGCCAAACAUUUCCUCUCUCCCAGCCUAUGGGUUGCCUUAUUUGACUGGCAAUUUGUCACCCAACAAAACAGAAGUGGCCUUCACGACAUCUCUAAGUCCUCACCGCAAUGUGAGAACGCACACCUUCCACCAAGGACAAGCCUUUGUGCGCAGGGAUGAUGAUGGAGGAUGGAGAUUCACCUGGGUGCCCAAGCAGGCUGAAUAAUGCACCUGCACUGAGGGUCAGCCAUAAGGGGAUGUAGGAGACAAACACUUCAUCUUGCUCUUGAGACAGGUUCAGGCAUCAAAAAUGAGCCCUUCUGGGCUCUGUUAAAUGCUAUGCUGCCACCUACCCACUCCUCCUCCCCUCUCAGAUUUUCACAGGUGUGGCUCCAGAUUGCACUUGGACAAUUAUCACUCCCAGGACAGAUGUAAAAGUUGGAUACGCCUCUCUUAUGCCUGUGUUGGGAUACCUGCUUUUACUUGCUUUGUGGUUUUUCUACUAUCAGCUAUUCCUUGUUAACUGGUAGUUCCCAGGCUGGAGUGCUUUCAGCUUUGAUGAUCGCUCCCACAUGCACCAAGCUGGAAAGCAUUUUGGGAAUACAGUUUGGAAAUAGCAUCUCUCUCACAGAUAUCCACAGAUGACAAAGGAGGCGUAGGUUGAAGGCUGAAGAUCAGCAGUUUCUAAGUGAUUUGUGUCUCUUGGCUACACAGAUUGCCUUGGAUUAAGGCAACUCUGGGUAUUUGUGGGUAAUGUGCUACAUGAGGCUGACCUACCUGAAGUCACACGGUGCUGUCAUAUUCUUUGAUGAUGCCUCAAAAUAAACAGAAUUUGCUUCUAUUGCCUG